GCUACAGAACAGAUGCCCUCAUCACCAAGGACUGGGUACUGAUUUAGAGAGAAGAGAGCAGCUUCUAGCAGCAUCAACAUGCAUUUGUCGCUUAUUUCCCCUGCAGCAAAUUCACCCGCCUUUCCUUCUUCCAUCCUUUUUCUGGAUAUGCCACAAAAGGAUCCAUGCCAGAAACAAGCCUGUGAAAUACAAAAAUGUUUGCAAGCCAACAACUAUGUGGAAGCAAAGUGUCAGGCUGUCGUCCAAGAACUUCGUAAGUGUUGUGCUCGAUAUCCCAAGGGAAGAUCUCUUGUCUGCUCAGGAUUUGAGAAAGAAGAGGAAGAAAACCUGGCACUGAAGUCUGGAUCCAAGUAAAGUUGUGCUGAGAAGUUAAAUUCUGCUUCAUGUUUCUCUCAAGCAUGUUUUAUUUACCAUCCCUUCUUCAAGCCAGGUAGCAGCAAACAGCAAAUGAAAAAGUCAAUUGUAAGGGUUAGCAAAUAUGCCAUCUAUGCAAAAUAGACCAAAUAACCUAUGUUAGAAUAUAAAUAUGUAUAAUGUAAAAGGGAGGUAGGUGCUAAAAUAAACCUAUUUUACAUGAAA